AUGGCGAGCUGGUGGUGCCGGUUGCUGUGCCCGCAGCCUAAGCAGGUGGCGAGCGAGAGCGUGCACGGUGCUCGGCUUGCAGCGCAACGGCUGAGCAGGCGCUGCGAUGCCUGCGACGUCGAGGCCGGCGAGCCUUGCAAGUGCGCACGGGGGCUAGAGGAAGAGGGGGAGAAGGUCGCUGGCGACGGGAGGGUCGCGGCCGUGGCAAUGACCGGUGAGCAGCACCACAGCAAGCCUACCAGCACCUUUGUCCAGUCGGUCAUCAACAUGGUUGGGAUGCUCAUAGGACUUGGGCAGCUCUCCACUCCAUAUGCCUUGGAAAACGGCGGUUGGGCCUCAGUUUUCCUCCUUGUGGGCCUUGGCAUCAUGUGCGCCUAUACCGCACACAUCAUCGGCAAGUGCCUAGACGAGGACCCUAGCUCCAAGACAUACCAGGAUAUCGGCCACCAGGCGUUCGGCUCAAAGGGUCGGGUGAUCGCCUCCGCGUUCAUCUACCUCGAGAUCUUCUUCGCUCUUGUCUCUUACACCAUCUCCCUCAGCGACAACAUACCACUCGUCUUCGCCGCCGGUGUACGCCUCCACCUGCCAUGGCUACGCCUCAGCACCACACAACUGCUCACUAUCAUCGCCGUACUGGUGGCUCUUCCCAGCCUCUGGCUAAGGAAUCUAUCUUCCAUCUCCUUCCUCUCCUUCGUCGGCAUCGUCAUGUCGAUGAUCAUCUUCUCCACCAUCGUGUGCACCGCGGCAUUCAGCAGCGUCGGCCUGGGAAAGCACAUCCCUGCCCUGAGGCUUGACAGGAUCCCAGCGGUGUCUGGUCUGUACAUGUUCAGCUACGCCGGCCACAUCGUGUUCCCCAACAUCUACACGGCCAUGAAGGACCCCUCCAGCUUCACGAAGGUCUCUAUCACGAGCUUCUCCCUCGUCACCGUGCUCUACACGGCUCUGGCGUUCGUCGGCGCAAGCCUCUUCGGCCCCGCCGUGAACUCCCAGGUCACGCUCAGCAUGCCGCCACGGCUCGUGUUCACCAGGGUGGCGCUGUGGGCGACCGUGCUCACGCCGGUCACAAAGUACGCGCUCGAGUUCGCGCCCUUCGCCAUCCAGCUCGAGCACCACCUGCCGGCGACCAUGGAGCCUCGUGCUCGGGUAAUCAUCCGUGGCAGCAUCGGCUCGGCGGGGCUUCUCCUCAUCCUGGCAUUGGCGCUCUCGGUUCCAUAUUUCCAAUACGUGCUCAGCCUCACCGGAUCGCUCAUCAGUGUGGCCAUCUCGGUCAUCUUCCCCUGCGCCUUCUACCUCAAGAUCCGCUGGGUCCGGCUGUCGAGACCUGUCAUCGUGCUGAAUGCGUCAAUGAUCGCCCUUGGGUUUGUUCUCGCUGUUGUGGGAACUGCCUCAUCGGCUAAGUUGCUGGUGCAAAGUAUACAGAGUGGGCAUGUAGCGUAA